AUGGUGUUUUGGGGAAAGCUGAUCAUGUUCCCCCCGGUAGCACGACGGGUGGUGCCUCGCUUUGCGGUUGUAUGUCCUCGUGGUACCGCCACUCGAUACCAUUGCGGCCCAUCAAAAGGUGGGGUAACUCAAGGGAACGGUCACCGUUUAGGGAGCACAAAUACGAGCUCAAAAGGGGAAACUUCAGUAGUUUUGAAUUCAACUUCUGUUGCCGUGCGUCGUUUUCUUCGUGAGCAACAAAAGGUAUCGGUCCGCUGGUGGGAAUCGCCAGGUCGCGUCGAUGCGUUACUGACAUUGUUUCUGGACCGUAGUCAUAGUGGUGAACUCCACCCGCUCCUGGCGGUGGAAGUGACGAAGCGUUUGGGAUAUGCGGUCGGGCCGGAGGGAUGUGGGUGGGCAAUACGAUGCGGACACUCAGGGGGUUCGAUAAUUCUAUUAACAGAACGUUUACUAACUCCUCUAAUUCCCCUUGUUGCGACGCACUCGGCGGUGCGACCGCUGCUGCCUGUGAUAGUGGAAUGGCUACUCAGUGUUGCCAAUAUGCCAAUGCAGAUAGUUGUUGGACACGUGGCGCUCUACGUCAACAACCUCAGUGAGAUGAGUUUGGAGGAUAUGUCCCGCCACGAGUGGCCGUCUCUGGAGUUUUUGCUGCACAAUUUCGCCCGUCAGUCCCUCCAUAUCAGUGACGAAGCGGUUAAACAAGAAGUUAACGAUGUCAUAUGCAAGAUGGUGGCGCUUUUUGGUUUAUGGGGCCAACGCCACCCAGCGGAAACAGGGCAAUCGAGGAGCUGUUGUUCCGCAUCGAUAAAUCCUGUAACUGAUUCUCUGGAAAAAUGUUUUUUCUGGAGGGGCGAGGCGCCGUUGCUUAUUCACGGCAGCGUUCGCACUGCUUACGCGCGGUUCUACAACGACUGGUUUGAUACCUCACCCCGGAGCACUGGUGGUCCGGCAACUAACAGUCCUUCUUUGAGUGUUUUCGUUGGGGAUGAUGAUAAGCUGCGACGCGUGUUGUUGCGGUUGUCAGUUGAUUCACGAGUGGGAGUUGGGAGCAAUGAGGAAAGAGAUAUGACUUCAGCGCCCGUGGUGCCUGUCGAAGUGAAAUUAAAGCUGGACGAGCCGUCUGUAAUCCUCCGAUGUAUCGUACCGCUGGCCGAAUUUGUCAGCCAAGUGCUUGAUACCGGUAUCGGGACGCUACUCCCCCUUUCGUUUGGGAGCAUUCAAACAAUUAUUUACAACGCCAUCAGUGAGCUACAAAGGCUACAGGGACAGUCUGCGGAACACCACUACGCGCUACUUCCCCAUAAACCACGUGUUCAUGCUCUCAAGGACCUUUGCGAGCGGCUCCUGUCCGACAUUAAAGAAAAGAUGCAGAAAGGCCAGCGCCCGUCACGCGGAUCGGUUGGUGAUUACGUAUGCUUCCCAGGAGAGACCCCACAGCAGCAACUUCAAGUGCUUCACUUUUUUUACCGAGCGGCGCGCCACCUCGUAAGGGCCGUGAUGGUGGAAAAGAAAGCAAGCCUAAUGGAAGAAGGUUGUGAAGGAUCUGUGCUUCUUGCGGGAGGCACGGUUGCUUCUCGCAAUGACGUUGCCACCUUGCUUCGUAACGUUGCCUUCCGUGUUCUUGAGACAUCACUGCUACGCUAUUACAAUGCACUUGAUGAGUGCUCAUCUCACUCCAGUGUGUGGAGGUCACUCGGUGACAAUGGCGAAAUUACCGCAGCCAUAUCCGAUAUUGAACACCACGCGGGAGGCCACUCGCCGCUUUUCACUGCACGACACGUCCUUCAGCAUCCCUUCCAGCAGGAUGUUAUAGCGGUGGUGGAAGGACUGCGCCUCGUAGCAAUACAGGCCCUUGUGCUCCACUCACAGCAGUGCGUGAACUGGUUGAAAGGAAGAGCCUACUCGAAUACAGCGGCAAACGCCUUCUUCGGUGUUUGGGAGAGAACAAAAGUUGGAGGGAGUAGCUUGACGAACCAUAAUCAAAGCGGAAGGGAGGGCACCGAAUCCGGGAAGUUUGACAUACAACGGAUGAUGCGCCAUCGACUUCUGUGGACAAUGUUGUUGUUGCACCACGAAUACUGCUCGUGUUGUGACCCCGGGGGCAGAGAACAGGAAGCGCAUUGGCAGGCUCCUACUAACUGUAUGGUGCUCCGUUCGUUGUUGGAUAUGCUGGUUCCAGACCCCACUUGUACGGAGUUUAGUGCAUUUGGUUGGUCUUACCCUCUCGGGUGCGACGGUCAGAACUUGUCACUACAAACGGGUGGCAGUGGCGACUCGGAGUUGUGGAAAAGGCAUGUUGUUUACCCUCCCGCACACCGUAGCUUCAGCGGCGAUGCGUCGCGCUGGGACCUCCUGGACGAGCUUUCGCCCACACGUGACUCUAGCAGAAAGUGGUUGUGGCUUGGGACCACUGGGUCUGUGCGAGAGGCCUGCGCUAUAGUGAAUCCCACAGGCGACACGGCAUCACGUUUUGUUGGAUACCUCCUUCCGUGGUCGACGGUCGCAAAGAGCAGGCAUCCGCUCCGCUUUUAUGAUGAAAGCGGCCAAUCCGCAGCUGCUGCGGCAUCGUUUGAUGCAGCGGUGGGGACCUUAGUCCGCGGAAAGAACAGUAAAAUGCCUCUCCGCCUGGUUGGUGUACAAGAGGAAGUGGCGUUUUUCCGGGAUAUGGAGCACACAUCGGAGUUGCUCCUGUGCCCAGGCAUUCUUGUCACCAACCCGUGGACUCAAAGUAAGGACCGCGUGAAAAACUCUGACAGAAAUGUGCCAGAUAACAUGGAGGGCUUCCUUGACAAUGAAGUCUACGAUUUCCUUGAUUGA